AUGAGUUCGGGUGCCAUUCGUGCGCCUGUUUCACAGCUCAUUCAUAACAAGGAUGAUGAUGUUGAGAGCGAAGAGCCAAAGAAGAAAUCACGCGAGGAUUGGCGUAAAGCCAAAGAGUUGGAAGAAGCGCGAAAAGCAGGUACAGCGCCAGCAGCUGUGGACGAAGAAGGACGAGAUAUCAAUCCGCACAUACCACAGUAUAUUUCCAAUGCACCCUGGUACUACAACGCCCAAGGCCCAACUUUAAAACAUCAGCGACCGCAAAAAGAGGAUGAGCAAGGACAGCUUGAGAAGCGUGCACCCAAAGGCCUAGAUAUCACGAAAAUAGUAACAAAGUACAGAAAAGGUGCCUGCGAAAAUUGUGGUGCAAUGACGCAUAAGAAAAAAGAUUGCUUGGAGCGCCCACGCAAAGUAUUGGCCAAAUAUGCCGAGUCAAUUGUCGUGCAUGACGAGCAUGUUGUGCAGGACACAGCAGUCAAUUAUGAUGAGAAGCGUGAUCGGUGGAGCUCAUAUGAUCCAGCAAAUCAUAAAGAAAUUAUAGAUGAAUACGAAAAAGUGGAAGAAGCCAAGCGGCAGUUAAAAGCUGAGAAGCUAAAGAAUAAUCCCGAAGUAGAACUCUCCGAUGAUAAUGAUAAUGAGGACAAAUAUGUGGAUGAAGUAGACAUGCCUGGUACCAAAGUUGAUUCAAAACAGCGCAUUACGGUGCGUAAUUUGCGUAUACGUGAAGAUACAGCAAAAUAUUUGCGUAAUUUGGAUCCGAACUCGGCAUACUACGACCCCAAAACGCGUUCUAUGCGUGACAAUCCGAAUCCAAACAUGGCACCGGAAGAGGUGGAGUUUGCGGGGGAAAAUUUUGUGCGAUUCUCAGGGGACACUACAAAACACGCUACGGCACAAUUGUUCGCUUGGGAGGCGCAUGGAAAAGGCGUCGACGUGCAUUUACUAGCUGAACCAACAAAAUUGGAACUACUGCAAAAAGAGUACGACAAAAAAAAAGAGCAAUUCAAGUCCAGUACAAAAGAACACAUUGUCGAAAAAUACGGAGGCGAAGAGCACUUGAAUGCACCUCCAAAAUCCUUGCUGUUAGCUCAAACGGAAGAGUACAUUGAAUACUCCCGGAGUGGCAAGGUCAUAAAAGGCAUGGAGAAGCCAAAGGCCCGUAGUGUUUAUGAAGAAGAUGUUAUGAUCAAUAAUCAUACAACUGUCUGGGGUAGUUACUGGAAUGGCGGACGAUGGGGUUACAAGUGCUGCAAGUCGUUUAUUAAAAAUUCAUACUGCAUUGGAAUGAAAGAUCCGGAAACAGCGGUCGAUCUUCUACACCCUGUCGCGAGUACUAGUAGUACAAUCGAAAACGAGACAGCAGUGAGAGCGUCUGGGGAAGAGGAGCCAAAGGAAUCGUCGACGUCGUCGUCCUCAUCCUCUUCUUCCUCAUCUUCAUCAUCGUCCUCUUCUUCUUCGUCGUCAUCAUCGGAAGAUGAAGAGGUUAGACAACUUGAAAACAAAAAGGCAAAGAAAAAAACCAAAAAACAGGAAAGGAAACUGAAGGCCAAACAACAAAAGCGAAAAGAUAGAAAAGAAAAAAUGCUGCGUGCCAAAGAAAAAGCACAAUUGGAAGCGGCGCUGCGUGAUAUACGCGCCAAGUCGAAUGAGGAAGACGAUCCCAAGGAUGAACGCAAACGUGGCUAUAAUAGCAAGUACGAUAUUAAAGCACCCACAGAAGAGGAAAUCGAUGAAUGGCAACGCAAACGACAGCGCACCGAUGAUCCAAUGUUGCAGUUUAUGUCACAAUGAAGUUUUAAGCUAUAUAUUUAAUAAGAUUCCUAUGUUGUGUUAUUUAAUAAGAACUUUUAAUUUUUUCCAACUACCUAGAACUUAAUAAUUAAACAAUGGCGUAUUGAUCAUAAAGUAA